CCUCCAACAGUUCGAAAACAAUUCCAAAAGAAGUAUUGAACCAGGAGUUUCAUGGUGCAUUUAUUGUGACAUAUUGCAUGUGCUCUGGAAUAUCCUAUAGUUUGGCUUAUGCUACUUACUGUUUACCCACCACUUACCUAUCAUACUCAGUGUGUGAUACUCCUACUCUUUCUUUAUGUAACUGUCUUCUGUAUACCUCUUAACCAACAUCAUCUCUUGAUUUUUAAGCCCCUUUUCUCCCAAAAUCAAAACACUAACUUCAUUUUUCAUCUCGAUUCAAAGAGCAAAUGGGUGAGGAUGCAAAACAAGAAGCUGCAGAGGAGAAGAAAGAGUCUAAACCACCAUCUCCAAUUGUGCUGUUUAUUGACUUACAUUGUAUAGGAUGCGCCAAGAAAAUAAAAAAAUAUAUUAUGAAAAUGCGAGGAGUUGAAGCAGUGGUGAUUGAUAUGGCUGAAAAUCAAGUUACCAUAAGGGGAACAGUGGAGCCUGAAGCAAUAUGUAACAUAAUUACGAAAAAAACAAAGAAAAAAGUCCAAGUUAUGUCUCCAUUGCCAGAACCAGAAGUAGAACCUACACCAGAAAUUGUUACUUCUCUGGCUAUUGAACCGGUUACUGUGGAACUUAACAUCAACAUGCAUUGUGAGGCCUGUGCUGAGCAGCUCAAACGGAAGAUAUUCAAAAUGAGAGGAGUUCAAACAGCAGUGGCAGAGCUUAGCACAGGGAAGGUCAUUGUGACUGGGACCAUGGAUGCAAACAAGCUAGUAGACUAUGUCCAUAGACGCACCAGAAAACAGGUCAAAAUAGUUCCCCAGCCAGAACCUGAACCCUUAGCAGAAAAGAAAGAAUUAGAGAACCCUGGAGCAGAAGAGGUCAAACAUGAGGAAGAGAUAGAAGAAAAAGAAGAGGAGAAACCAGCAGAAGAACCUAAGAAAGAAGAAGGUGGAAAUGAUGGCAAUAAUGAGAGUAAAGAAGAGAAAGGUAUUGAAGAAGAAGAAGUGGCAAAGAAAGAAGUGGUUGGUGAUGAGAAUGGAGUGGUGGUUAACGUUGAUGAUGAAAGCAUGAAGAAGAUGAUGUACUCCUACUAUUACCAACCACUCUAUGUUAUGGAACCACCCCCUCAGCUAUUCAGUGAUGAAAAUCCCAAUGCAUGUUGCAUUUCAUAAACUCAUCACAGGAUCAAUGAAAGAAAGAAGGAGAAAGGAUUCCAUAUUGUGAAAUAUUGUUUUUAAUUAAUUUGAUGUAUGAAGAAUAUUACACAGAUAGUAAUAAUAGUUUUUUAA